GCGACCAAGCAGUUCCUGGAGGAGAUCAACAAAUGGACGGGCCAGUACAAUGUGUCCCCGCUCUCCUGGAACGUGGCUGUCAAGUUCCUCAUGGCCCGCAAGUUCGACGUCCUGCGGGCCAUCGAGCUUUUUCACUCCUACCGGGAGACGCGGCUGAAGGAAGGCAUUGUGAAGCUGAAGCCGCAUGAGGAGCCGCUGCGCUCGGAGCUGCUCAGUGGCAAGUUCACCAUCCUGAGCGUGCGGGACCCCUCAGGAGCCUCCAUCGCCCUCUUCACGGCCAAGCUGCACCACCCCAGCAAGAGUGUGCAGCACGUGGUGCUCCAGGCGCUCUUCUACCUGCUAGACCGAGCGGUGGAGAGCUUUGAAACCCAGAGGAAUGGGCUGGUGUUCAUCUACGACAUGGCAGGCUCGCAGUACACCAACUUUGAGCUGGACCUCAGCAAGAAGAUCCUCAACCUGCUGAAGGGUGCCUUCCCAGCUCGACUCAAGAAGGUUUUCAUCGUGGGAGCGCCCAUGUGGUUUCGCGUGCCCUACUCCAUCAUCAGCCUGCUGCUCAAGGAGAAGCUGCGGGAGCGGGUGCAGAUGGUGAAGAUGUCAGAGCUGAAGGAGCAUCUGCCCCGGGAAUGUCUCCCCGAGUACCUCGGGGGGUCCCUCAAACUGGAUCCUCUGAGCUGGAACUGCCGGUUCCUGCCCCAGCAGAACGGGCACCCCGACCCCCUGGACGAGCUCAUCCUGGUGCCGCUGGUGGCCCCCAAAGACAACGGCUCCGUCCAUGUCCCCGGGCCCAAGUCCAUCACCCUUCAGGAGCUGCUGGAUCACGUCAGCCACAAGCAGAAACGGGGCGUCUACGAAGAAUAUGAAGAUAUCCGGCGCAGGAGCCCGGCUGGCACCUUCGUCUGCUCUUUGGCACCCUACAACCAGGAGAAGAACCGGUACGGGGACGUGCCCUGCCUGGACCAAACCCGUGUCAAGCUGGCGAAGCCGUACAGCCGGCCAGAGCUGACCGACUACAUCAACGCAAGCUUCAUGGAUGGCUACAAGCAGAGGAAUGCUUACAUCGGGACUCAGGGGCCUCUGGAAAACACCUACAGUGAUUUCUGGCGCAUGGUGUGGGAGCAAAACGUCCUGGUGAUCGUGAUGACAACCCGGCUGGAGGAGGGAGGCAGGAGAAAGUGUGGUCAGUACUGGCCCCUGGAGAAGGACUUCCAGGUGUGCUUCGGUGCCCUGACCAUCACCAACCUGGGUGUGGAGAACCUCAGCCAUUACAAGAAAACCAUCCUGGAGAUCCACAGCUCAGAGACCAGGGAACGGCGGCUGGUAUCCCAUUUCCAGUACCUGAGCUGGCCGGACUACGGCGUCCCCUCCUCCGCGGCCACCCUCAUUGACUUCUUGGGGGCCGUGAAGCAGCAACAGAGGGUGGCAGUCAGCGCCUUGGGACCUCGCUUCAAGGGUCACCCUGGGGGACCCCCGAUCGUGGUGCACUGCAGUGCCGGCAUCGGCAGAACAGGUACCUUCUGCGCACUGGACAUCUGCCUGUCCCAGCUGCAGGACGUGGGCACGUUGAACAUCUACCAGACGGUGCUGCGAAUGCGGACCCAGCGUGCCUUCAGCAUCCAGACCCCCGAGCAGUAUUACUUC